UCCGACAAUGGUAAAUAACGUCAUUUCCUAUUUCUCCGCAACGAGAAAGUAAGUUGUAUCCAAUUUACACGGACACGACGUAUAAAGACUUAUCCGUAUUUACCAUAAAUUGAGAGUUUACGAUAUUCCUACAGUGUAUGUAGUAAAAAACAGUAUUUUUAUGCGUUCUGUGUUCCGAAAACAAUUACACUCGUCGUAAUUUCACCAAAAAGUUAGAAGUCAAUAUGUAUACGAGAAACAGACAAAGCCAAGGCUAUGCCAAUGCAAGAAACCAAAAUAAUCCAAAUGCAGGAUACCAAGGUCAAAACGCUUACAAUCAACAAGGAAGUUUCCAGGGAACACCUGCAAACCAAUCGAGCAACUAUAAGCCGGGUGGUGUACAAAAUGUGCAAGCAUUUAAACAGCAACAAGCACAGGGGCAACAAGCACCACCAAGAAAUGUACAGCAAGCAAAGGUUCAACAGCAACAAAUCAAUCAAUCACCGCAGCAAAUCAAACCACCACAACAACAAGUUACAAGUUCUCCUCAAGUCCAACCUCAACCACAAUCUCAACCUCCACCUCAGCCUCAAUUACAACAUCAACUACCACCACAACCUCAACCUCAACGAUUGAAACCAAUUUUGAAACAACCUUCUCAGACUCAACAGCAACCUCCUCCAAUACCAACACCAGUUAAUCCUGUCUCGUCUUCUCAACCAUCAGUUCCUACUGUAGCAACUCCUGUAACAACCAAUUCUAAUCCUACACCACCAGUAAAUAAUAAUACACCUGAAGUAAAAAAUGAAAAUCAAGUGCCUGAAAAUACCGACGUUGAAAUGCAGGAACAAGUUCCAAGGUGGAGACGUAAACCUCCUGGAUUUAGAGUAAGUAAAAAGUUGAAGCGACUUCGUUUGAACCAACGUUUGAGAAAAACGUUGCAACCAAAAAAUGCAAUUAUGGUAUUGAAUGAAAUGAAAGCUGGAGUGCAAUUCACAUUUCCUGAAACUCAAGGACCUAUGCCAAACUCAUUGUAUCUUGUUCAUGCAGAGCUCGAUGGUAAAACCUAUGUUGGACAAGGAUUGUCCAAACCUCUUGCCCGUCAAAAUGCUGCUGAAAAUGCUCUAAAGGCUUUAUUGCUUGAGAAAAUGACUGCAGCAUCCCUAAAAGCACGCAUUGAUGCUGAAUCAGACGGGCAAGCAAACCAGCCUACAGACACAUUAAACACAUCAAAAGAUGAUAGUAAUGAAGAUAAUGCAAUGGCAGUUGAUACUAAUAUUGAUGAAAGUAAUGAAAUUCCGUGGAGCUCGUUGGCCAGCUUUGCAUUAUAUAAGCUUUUCCUUGAAUGGCAUAACCAAGGGACAUCUGUCCCAGUUCCAAGGCCAGGUUUACCAUCACCUGUAAAAGGAAUUAAAAAAGAAAUUUCUCAAGUUCCAAAAGCUCCAGUUCAGAAAGAACUACCGCCAAAUGCAACAAACAUACAUCCUGUUAUGUUGUUAAAUCAAAUGAGACCAGGUUUAACAUACGUAGAGUUAAAUCGCUCGAGUAAUCCACCUAACACAAUGUUCACUCUUGCUGUUGACAUUGAUGGUGUGGAAUAUACAGGAACAGCCAAAAACAAGAAAGACGCCAAGAAAAUAGCAGCAAAAUCUGCACUUUUAGCAUUAUAUGGUUUAAGCUAUCCAGAUGAAACUGUACCAGUACCUCAAGAACAACCGAUGGCUUAAAAGGGGAUGACAUAUAAAUAAUUGACUUAUUUUUUUUUUUUUUUUUUAAAGAUAUUAACGUCAUUAUUAAGUUCAGUUUGAUCACUUUAAUUGUACAUUAUAUGCAUUACUAUAGAUUAUGGUAAAAAAUCUAACAAUUUAAUUGUUGCAAUAAUGCUGUAAGGUUUUAUUAUGAAAAAUUUACAAAAGUAUUUUUUUCAGUAAAGUUUAAUAUUACAGUAUGAAUAAAUAUUACAAAUAGUAUAGCAAGUACAAUGAUUAGGAUGAUCUAAUUUCUUUUAUUGAUAAAUUUGUAUAUUUUUAUAUGUUUAAUUGUAUUUUUA